AUGGCUCGCGCUAGGGUACCUGGUGUUCACCCCGCCAAGGCGUCCGUUCGAUUGUUGUCCACAACACCAGCAAGAGCCAUUUGGAUGCCCAAUAUUGACAGGGAUUCGCUUCCGGAAGAUGAUCCUCGCCGCAUGGAAGCAUUCGAAGAUGAAACCGACGUGGUCAUCAUCGGUGGAGGUCCCGCCGGUCUGUCGGCCGCCAUUCGAUUCAAGCAAUUAGCUAACGAAGCCGGCAAGGAUUGUCGUGUCAUGGUGGUUGAAAAGGCUGGUGAAGUCGGCGCUCACAUCCUCAGUGGCGCGGUAUUGGAACCCAGAGCUUUGAACGAAUUGAUCCCUGACUGGAAGGAGAAAGGCGCCCCAUUGAACACACCCGUUACCCACGACAGCAUGCGUUUUCUUACCUCGACCAUGUCUAUUCCUCUUCCUCACCCACCGCAUAUGAAUAACAAGGGCAACUACAUUGUUUCGCUCAAUAACUUUGUCAAAUGGUUGGGUGAACAGGCCGAAGAACUGGGCGUCGAAAUCUAUCCUGGUUUUGCCGCCAGUGAUGUUCUUUACAACGAAGAUGGCAGUGUUCGCGGCGUGGCGCUCAAUGAUGUGGGGCUUGACAAGAAUCUCGAACCCAAGGAUACCUACGAGCGUGGUAUGCACAUUAACGCUAAAGUAACCUUAUUUGCUGAAGGGUGUCACGGUUCGCUCUCCAAGGGACUAUACAAAAAAUUCGAUCUGAGAAAGGAUAGUCAAUGUCAGAAAUACGGUAUCGGCAUCAAGGAAGUGUGGGAAGUGUUGCCUGAAAAGCAUAAACCGGGCUCCGUCACCCACACCAUUGGCUGGCCAAUGGAUAUGCAUACGUAUGGUGGAAGUUUCAUUUAUCACUUUGAACCCGAGCGACAUCUCGUGUCGAUUGGUUACGUAGUGGGCUUGGAUUAUACCAAUCCCUAUCUGAGUCCCUACAAGGAAAUGCAGCGAUUCAAGCACCAUCCUAUGGUGAAGGAACUUUUGGAAGGAGGCAAAUGCAUUUCGUACGGUGCGCGAGCUUUGAAUGAAGGUGGUUAUCAGUCGAUUCCAAAGUUGGUGUUCCCUGGUGGUGCGUUGAUUGGAUGUACAGCCGGCUUUUUGAACUUGCCCAAGAUCAAGGGCACUCACACCGCCAUGAAGUCCGGUAUGCUUGCGGCAGAAGCGGCUUACGACACCCUGUUUGGCACUGAGGAAGAAGUGACCGGUCCUAUUAUUCUGAACAAUUACGAAGAAAAAAUCAAGGAUUCGUGGGUGUUCAAGGAACUGUACGAAGUGCGCAAUUGUAAACCCUCGUUCCAUUCGCCGCUCGGAUUGUACGGAGGUAUCAUGUAUUCCGGUUUGGAAACCCUGUUGUUGAAGGGACGUAUGCCGUGGACCUUUAAACACAAGAAUGCAGAUUGGGAAGCCAUGGUGCCAGCAAGAGAUGCCAAGCCGAUCGAUUAUCCUAAGCCUGACGGUGUCAUUUCAUUUGAUCUAUUGACCAAUGUCUCGCGCAGCGGCACCAAUCAUGCCGAAAACCAGCCUGUUCACUUGCGCAUUCGCAAUAAGGAUCUUCCCGUGGAGCGAAAUUUGGCUGUGUUUGAUGGUCCUGAGAAUCGAUUCUGUCCAGCUGGUGUGUAUGAAUAUGUGGAUGACGAAGAAAAUCCUGGACAAAAGCGAUUGCAAAUCAACUCUCAAAACUGUGUUCACUGCAAAACUUGCGAUAUCAAGGAUCCCUCACAGAACAUUGACUGGACCGUCCCCGAAGGCGGCGGAGGUCCUCAGUAUGUCUGGACUUAA